CCUAGAAUCUGGAUUGCUCUGGAUGUUGUACCAGCAAUUAAAAAUAAAUAAAUAAACAAAUCAAGUUUCACUUUAUUAUUAUUAUUAUUAUUAAUAUUUUGUUUUUUCAAAAGUUAUAAAAUUAUACAAUCAAGUAUAUUUGAAUUUAAUAACAAAAAAAUAUUUACAUCUUGAUGAAUAUAAAUAAAUAAGUUUAAUCUGUCAAGAUUGUGUUGCAUAAAUAAAUCAAGUUGGAUAAAAAAAAUGUUGAUUAUUCAGAAAAUAUUAAUUGUUAUGUCAGUAAUAUCAUCGGUGGAAAUAUUGACAAAAUGCCAAGCAGCUCAUAUUCAUACUCAUCAACAAAAAGUUGGAAGCAAUGAAAGAACUCAAGAUGGUGCAUUUAGUCCUAGAGAUCGUGAUCAUUUUACUGAUGGAAAUCAUCAUCAAGAAUUUGAUCAUGAAGCAAUUAUUGGUAGUGUCAAGGAGGCUGAAGAAUUUGAUCAUCUUCCAAUUGAUGAAUCAAAAAAACGACUUAAAAUAUUAUUAGAAAAAAUGGAUUUAGAUGGUGAUAAUUAUAUUGAAAGAAAUGAAUUAAAAGCAUGGAUAUUACGUUCAUUUAGUAUGUUAUCUGCUGAAGAAUCACUUGAUCGUCUUCAAGAUGCUGAUACAAAUGAUGAUGGUAAAAUAAGUUGGGAAGAAAUAUUACAUGAUACAUAUGGCUCUGAUCCUGAAGAUUUAGCUAUUGAUGAAAAACUUGUUAGUGAUGAUAAAGCAACAUUUAAACUUGCUGAUUUAAAUAAUGAUGGUUAUCUUGAUACUGAAGAAUUUAAAGCAUACAGUCAUCCAGAAGAAUCACCAAGAAUGUAUCCAUUGCUGCUUGAACAAUCAUUAGAAGAAAAAGACACUGAUAAUGAUAAAUUUAUAAGUUUUCAAGAAUAUUUAGGUGAUAGAGCUAGAGAUGAAGACAAAGAAUGGCUAUUGGCUGAAAAAGAUAAAUUUGACAAUGAUCUUGAUAAAAAUAAUGAUGGCAAAUUAGAAGCAUCAGAAAUAUUAUCAUGGCUGGUGCCAAGUAAUGAUGAUUUGGCAACUGAUGAGGUGGAUCAUUUAUUUGCUGCAUCUGACGAUGACCAUGACAAUCGUCUAUCUUUUGAUGAGGUACUUGAGCAUCAUGAUGUUUUUGUUGGCAGUGAAGCAACUGAUUAUGGCGACUAUUUACAUGACAUUGAAAGAUUUGCUGAUGAACUUUAAUUUAAUAUAUCUCAUUGACAAUAUAAUAAAAAUAUGGUGAGAUUUAUUACAAAUUGUUUUUUUUUUUUCUUAAUUUUUUUUCAUUAAUAAUAAUAAAAUAUUGUAUUAUUAUUAUAUAUACCUAUACAUAUAGCCAAAAAAAAAAAAAAAACAAAAUAACUUAAUGCACAAAAUAAUGAUGGUGCCAUAAAUAACAUUAACAUUUUUUUUUUUUUUUCUCUUUUAAUUAAUGUUUUGAUAUUAUUAUGUUAGUAAUAAUUUUAUUUUAAUCAUUUAAAAGUCUAGCCAAAAAUCAAAAUGACAAAUAAUAAUAAUAAUAAUAAUAAUAAUAUAGUAUCAAUUAAUUUUUCUACUACUAUUAUUAUUGAUUAUUUAUUAUAAUUUUUUUUUUAAAUGUAUAAAUGUUGAGUGUGAUAAUAAAUAAAUAAAUUAAUAAAUUAAUAAAA